CUUCGGAAAUUAGUGCACAACGAAUCGCGUUUGAUGGGCCGAUGGUCGUAUAACCGUUGAGUGAAAAUUAUCCAUAGUUAGACUGCGUUCGGGCGAAGAAUCUUUCUCCCGGGAAGCAUCCGACCGGGUCACCAGCAUAGCUUAACGUGGACAGACGGGGGAGAUAACUUCUGUGCGGCCACCAGGAAGUUACCGAUAAAACAAGGCUCGACGUGUAUUGAGUCGUGCAGCACUGUUCGAUAAAAAUCGCUUUCUGAGAGAACAGAGGUCACACGGAGAUGGCGAAUCCUUCAUCGAUGAACACGGGCGAAGGGUACUAUUGGAAUUCCGAGGCGACUCAGCAGAACAUGGGGUACUUCCCGGUGCCGAACUAUCCACCGCCCAAUUACAAUCCACCCUCGAACUACGGUUCCUCUUGCCCUUACAAUGUGCCACCUCCUAAUGUGCCCGAAGCUAAUCCAUCGAAUUCAAUGUAUCACUUGGCACCUCCGCCUGUGUAUCACAAUAACUCCAGCAAUAUACACAAUAUCUCUUACCAGAGUCAAGUGAACCAACAGUGUAGUAUGUAUCCUAAAGGACCGAACCUUCCGCAACAAUCUGUCGGUGGGAACUAUAGUAUGAAUUGGAAUACAAGUACCAGGAGUGUGUAUAACGAAAGCCAGACUUGUAACGAAUGGUCUUUCAAUAAUUCUACCGCCAAUUGGACGACGUAUCAAAGUACACCCACUUCGUGGUAUGGUGCGAAUAAGACGUGUGCCAAUAACCAGCUAUACGUAAGGCAACAGUAUGAACCUCAGCAAGGUAUGAAGAAGUCCGAAUGGAAGUACGACAGUAAGGAGCAUCUGUCAGGUUCCACGAGUAGCAAACGCAGGUCCAGGAGUCCAAGCAGCAGUGGGAGAUCGGAAAAGUCAUAUAGAUCACGACAUGAGGAUCACAAGGACAAAUAUCAGUAUGACAAAAGAAGAUCCAGUUCAAAGGAAUAUAAAUAUGAAGGCAGGGAUUUUGAGAGGAGAUCUUCGUAUAAAAGGCACGACAGUCAUGCAUCUCGUUCGGAGGCACCGUACACAAGCAGUAAAUACAGGAAGAGGUCGAGAUCACAGGAAUCUCAAUCAGGGAACAGGGAGUCUUAUGCGAGCAAUUCUACUAAACGAAAAUGUCCCACCGAGAGGGAGCUACUUUUAGAGAAAUAUAGGCGUAAUUAUUGCGCGACGAGCAAGGACAUCGAGCGAAAACUAGGUGAAUUGUCGGCGAUGGGUUCGGAAGGUAUACUUGAAAGCGAAAGGAAAAUCUGGACGCGCACAGCCCCGGCAGAUCUCUAUUACAGCCGAGAUGAAAAAGAUCCGAAAGUAAUGAGAAGUACUUCUAAGCUACUAGAGUUGUGCGCAACGUUCAAGAGACUGUUGAUUGAUAGAGCAGCCGAGGCAAGAUCUAAGCAGCCACCGUAUAAGCCGCCUCCGAGGAAGACCAGGGCUCGCCUUUGCCGCCAUAAAUCCGAGGCUUGCAGUAGCUCUUCCGACAGUGACAGUGACAGCAACAGUGACAGUUCUAUGGAUGAGGAUGAUAGAACGAUGGAGGAAUUAAUGGCGAAGAAACAGCACCCGCAGAGAUUGCACCCCGAAAUGUGGUUCAACGAUCCCGGAGAGAUGAACGAUGGCCCAUUGUGUAGAUGCAGCGCGAAAUCACGUCGGUCCGGUAUAAGGCACGGCAUUUACGCCGGAGAGGGCGUGAUAAACAAGUGCGAGCUAAGUUCGAAUAACGCGGACAAAUUGCAUCACUAUAGAAUAACGAUCAGCCCGCCGACGAAUUUUCUCACCAAGACACCGACGAUCAUCAAGCACGACGAGCACGAGUUUAUAUUCGAGGGCUUCUCCAUGCUCUCUCACUUCCCGCUCGUCAAGUUGCCUACGUGCAAAGUGAUCCGCUUCAACAUAGAAUACACGAUUCUCUACAUAGAGGAGAAGUUGCCGGAGAACUUCACGAUACAGGAGCUCGAUUAUUUCCAGACGUAUCUGUUCAAGGAGAUCUUGGAGCUUGUAGAUUUCGACCUGCAGGCGGCGCAGGACAAGUCCGGCUGCGGGCAGUUUCACUUCAUGCCAAGAUUCGUGCGCGAUCUCACCGAUAACGGUCAAGAGAUCUUGUCGAUGAACGAGGUUCUUAAUUAUCUGAUCAAGAGCAGCACUCUCCUGAUAGAUCCAGAUGACAUGCCUAGAUUGGUAGACAUGCCGCAGUACAAGUGGCAAGAUUUCGCGGACGAGGUGAAGGGAAUGGUGGUCACUUAUCCUGGCAAAAAGCCGUGCAGCGUUCGUGUCGACCAGCUGGACAGGAGUCAGGUGGACCAACCGCCCGGUAUCGUCGCCUAUCCUGAGAUAGUGCACUUCGGUAUUCGACCACCGCAGCUUAGCUACGCAGGAAACGCGGAUUACCAGAAAGCCUGGAGAGACUACGUGAAGUUCCGGCACCUGCUCGCGAACAUGUCGAAGCCGUCCUUCGAGGACAAGAGAAAGCUGGAGGCGAAGGAGAAUAAACUGCAGGAGUUGCGCACGCAGAGCAAGAUGAAGCGCGACGUCACGGUCGACGUCAGCUCCGAGGGGUUCUAUCGCACCGGCAUUAUGUGCGACAUCGUGCAGCACGCGAUGUUGAUCCCGGUGCUGGUGUGUCACCUGCGGUUCCACAAGUCCUUGGACAACCUGGAGCGCACGUUGGGAUACGAGUUCAAGAACAGAUACUUGCUUCAACUGGCCCUCACGCACCCCAGCUACCGCGAGAACUUCGGCACGAAUCCGGAUCACGCGCGGAACUCCCUGACGAACUGCGGCAUCAGGCAGCCCGAGUACGGCGACCGCAGGAUACACUAUAUGAACACGCGGAAGCGCGGCAUCAACACCCUGAUCAACAUAAUGUCGCGUUUCGGCGCGAGAACCGAGACGGAGUCGUCGAUAGCGCACAACGAGCGGCUGGAAUUCUUGGGCGACGCGGUCGUCGAGUUCCUCACCUCCAUCCACUUGUUCCAUAUGUUCCCGGACCUGGAGGAGGGCGGCUUGGCCACCUACCGGGCGGCGAUCGUGCAGAACCAGCACCUCGCCGUGCUGGCGAAGAAGCUGAACCUCGAGGAGUACAUGCUGUAUGCCCACGGCAGCGAUCUCUGCCACGACCUGGAGCUGCGGCACGCCAUGGCAAACUGCUUCGAGGCGUUAAUGGGCUCCUUGUUCCUGGACGGGGGUAUAGAAGUGGCCGACCGGGUCUUCGGUGAGACGCUAUUCAAGGACGAAGAGAAUCUCUGCCAAGUCUGGGUCAAUUACCCGCGGCACCCUCUGCAGGAGCAGGAGCCGAUGGGGGACAGACAAUGGAUCCCCAGCUUCGAGUUGCUGCAGAAACUGACCAAAUUCGAGGAAUCGAUCGGAGUCAAAUUCACUCAUAUCCGCCUGCUGGCCAGAGCGUUUACGGAUCGCAGCAUAGGAUUCACCAAUUUAACAUUAGGCUCGAAUCAACGACUGGAGUUUUUGGGGGACACCGUGUUGCAGCUCAUCGUCUCGGAAUAUCUGUACAAAUUUUUCCCCGAACAUCACGAGGGGCAUUUGUCGUUGUUACGGAGCUCUCUUGUGAACAAUAAAACGCAAGCGGUGGUCUGUGACGACUUGGGUAUGACGCAGUACGCACUGUACGGGAACCCGAAGGCCGAGCUGAAGACGAAGGACAGGGCGGAUCUGUUGGAGGCUUUCCUCGGCGCGCUUUACGUCGACAAGGGUUUAAAGUACUGCCAUGUCUUUUGCAACGUGUGCUUCUUUCCCCGUCUGCAAGACUUUAUCAUGAAUCAAGAUUGGAACGAUCCAAAAAGCAAGUUGCAACAGUGUUGUUUAACUUUGAGAACUAUGGACGGCGGUGAGCCGGAUAUUCCGGUGUACAAAGUCAUCGAAUGUAAAGGACCGACCAAUACGAGAGUUUAUACAGUUGCUGUAUAUUUUCAAGGAAAACGAUUGGCUAAGGCCUCGGGGCAUAGUAUUCAAGAAGCGGAAAUGAACUCCGCCAAAGAAGCUUUAGAAAAAUCUCAAGACUUGUUUCCGCAAUUGGAUCACCAGAAACGUGUGAUAGCGAAAAGUAUGAAGAUGCAACAAUGGAAUAAGCAGAAACCAAAAGGAAGACUCACAAAAUUGAAUGACAAAUCUGACGAUUCUGACUCUAGUCAAAGUCGAAGAAGUUGUAGCAAAGAACGUAACGCUUCUAAGAAGCGAGAGACCUAAUUGAUAUUUUAACAUUAUGCCAAAUU